UGGAGUUCACUUGAAACUCUCUAUGUUCUGUCUUUGACAUAGAAGCAUAUAUUAUAUAUAUAUAUAUAUCAGAGCAAGUUCCUCAACCCAACCAAAAAAACUAAAACCUCAAAAGCUUUUUAACAAUUAUCUUCUUUUUGUGUGUACUUAAUCUUCUUCGCUUGGAACUUGCUAUGGAGAAGAAUACAAAUACGAACCAUACAAGUGAUGAUAAUAAUGAUAAGAAUCACACUAACGAAGAGCAGGAGAAGAUCAUCUUAAACCCUAAUUUUGAGGAUGGCCUAAACAACUGGACUGGAAGAGCGUGCAAGAUUGUCUUACACGAAUCCAUGGACAGUGGGAAGAUCGUACCGCUCUCGGGAAAAGUUUUCGCAGCAGCAACGCAGCGUAAAGACACAUGGAAUGGGAUUCAACAAGAGAUUUCAGGAAGAUUCAGGAGGAAGCGUGUGUAUGAAGUAACAGCGGUAGUUCGAAUAUUUGGCAACAAUGUCACAAGUGCAACAGUACAAGCGACUCUCUGGGUCUUAAACGCAAACAAACGUGAACAAUACAUAGUCAUUGCCAAUGUUCAAGCAACAGAUAAGAACUGGGUGGAGUUGAAGGGUAAAUUUGUAAUCCAUGGUUCGCCAUCGAGAGUAAUACUAUACCUUGAAGGUCCACCUCCACGAGCUGACAUUCUUCUCAACAGUUUAGUUGUUCAACAUGCUAAAAGGAAUCGUCCAUCGCCUCCUCCUUUCUACGAGAAUCCUGGUUUCGGAGUCAAUAUAGUCGAAAACAGUGAAGUUUUAGAUGGGGGAACUAAACCAUGGUUCACUCUAGGGAACUGCAAGUUGAGUGUUGGACAAGGCGCUCCGCGCACUCUGCCUCCAAUGGCGAGAGACACGCUAGGUCCUCACAAACCUCUAGGUGGAAACUACAUCGUUGUGACUAACAGAACGCAGACUUGGAUGGGUCCUGCUCAGAUGAUAACCGAUAAAAUCAAACUCUUCUUGACAUAUCAAAUCUCAGCUUGGGUCAAGCUUGGUGUGGGAGUAAGUGGUAGUAGUAUGAGUCCUCAGAAUGUGAACAUUGCACUUAGCGUCGAUAACCAAUGGGUCAACGGAGGACAAGUCGAGGUCACAGUUGGUGAUACAUGGCAUGAAAUAGCCGGAUCUUUUAGGCUAGAGAAACAGCCACAAAACGUUAUGGUUUACGUUCAAGGUCCUGGAGCUGGCAUUGAUUUGAUGAUCGCGGCUCUGCAGAUUUUCCCCGUGGAUCGUCGAGAACGUGUCAGAUGUCUCAAAAGACAAGUUGAUGAGGUACGUAAGCGCGACAUCGUGUUGAAAUUCUCAGGACUAAACGACGACGAAUCCUUUGAUUUGUUUCCUUACAUAGUGAAAGUGAAACAAACAUACAACAGUUUCCCAGUAGGAACAUGCAUCAACAGAACAGACAUAGACAAUGAAGACUUUGUAGAUUUCUUCACAAAGAACUUUAACUGGGCAGUGUUCGGAAACGAGCUCAAAUGGUACGCGACAGAAGCGGAACGUGGAAAGGUAAAUUACCAAGACGCAGACGACAUGUUAGAUCUCUGCAUUGGCAACAACAUAAACGUUAGAGGACAUUGUAUCUUCUGGGAAGUUGAAUCCACAGUUCAGCCAUGGGUUCGCCAGCUUAACAAAACCGAUCUUAUGAACGCGGUACAAAAGCGUCUCACGGAUCUUUUGACGCGGUACAAAGGUAAAUUCAAGCACUAUGAUGUCAACAACGAGAUGCUUCAUGGUUCUUUCUAUCAAGAUAGACUUGGAAAAGGUGUAAGAGCACUCAUGUUCAAUAUUGCACAUAAGCUUGAUCCAUCUCCUUUGCUUUUCGUUAACGAUUAUCAUGUUGAGGACGGGGAUGACCCGCGUUCGUCUCCCGAGAAGUAUAUAAAACUUGUACUUGAUUUGGAAGCUCAAGGAGCAACUGUAGGAGGGAUUGGGAUCCAAGGACAUAUAGAUAGUCCUGUUGGAGCUAUUGUUUGUUCUGCUCUUGAUAUGCUCUCUGUUCUUGGUCGUCCCAUUUGGUUCACAGAGCUUGAUGUCUCUUCGAGUAAUGAAUAUGUUAGGGGAGAGGAUCUUGAAGUUAUGUUGUGGGAAGCAUUUGCUCACCCUUCAGUUGAAGGAAUAAUGUUAUGGGGGUUCUGGGAGCUAUCUAUGAGUAGAGAGAACGCGAAUCUGGUGGAGGGAGAAGGAGAAGUAAACGAAGCCGGAAAAAGAUUUUUAGAGGUGAAACAAGAAUGGUUAUCUCAUGCAUAUGGGAUCAUCAAUGAUGAGUCAGAGUUCACAUUCAGAGGCUACCAUGGGACUUAUGCCGUCGAAAUUUGUACUCCAGCUGGGAUUGUUCUCAAAACGUUCGUUGUCGAAAAAGGAGACACUCCACUUGUUAUCUCCAUUGAUCUCUCUUCUUUGUGAUGUUUGUGUAUCCUUUCCUUUUUCAUUUAAUAUUUGGGUGGUGAUUUGUUUUUUGUGGAGCAUGUAACAUAUGUACACAAAGUUAUGUUAUGUCUUUGUUUUUGAUUGUUUAAUACAAUUGCAAUAAAAACUUGUGAAUAUGAUUGUUAAUUGUUAUAAAAAAAAAUUGUUUGGUGUA